CGGGCGGCCCUGGAGCGGUCUCUUGAUGUGAAUCUUCGGGCUGUGCUUCAUGUUUCCCAGAUUGUUGCUCGGCAGAUGAUUGCACAGGGGAUGCCAGGUGCUAUUGUAAAUGUCUCUAGCCAGGCAUCUCAGCGUGCUCUGCAGGAUCAUGCCGUUUACUGUGCCACAAAAAGUGCUUUGGAUAUGCUGAGCAAGGUAAUGGCAAUGGAACUGGGACCCCACAAGAUUAGGGUGAAUACUGUGAACCCCACAGUGGUUAUGACCGACAUGGGGAGAAUUAACUGGAGUGAUCCUCAGAAAUCGGCUGCCAUGAUUAAUCGGAUUCCACUAGGAAAGUUUGCAGAGGUGGAUGAUGUGGUGAACAGCAUUCUUUUCCUGCUGAGUGAUAAGAGUGCUAUGACAACUGGCAGCUCACUGAUGGUUGAUGGGGGAUUCCUUGUCUCCUAAGAUGGCACCUGCAUUUCACACCUGGCCUUAAUUUUCAUACUAGUACUGCAUAGAUGUAAACUGGAUAGAAAACAAUGACACAGACCCAGUCUUGCUGGAGAAGAGGGGCAGCAGGGUUGGAACCUGUAUGAGGUGAGGCAGAAAAUUACCUUUAGAAGGCUGCUAUAUAAUAAAGCUCACAUACGCCGUCAUGGAGAAUGUUUAUUG